UCCACAUUCUGCUCUGACGUCACUUCCUUUUUGCACUGCGGGGGUAAACGUGUGGCGACUGAUGAAAUGUGAAAAUCAUGAACAGCGUGGGUCAAGAAUGCCAGGACCUGAAGAAGGCCUACGAUGACUGUUUUAAUAAGUGGUUUUCAGACAAAUUCUUGAAAGGACAGAAGGAGGACGAGUGUGCUCCGCUUUUCCGGGUAUAUCAAAACUGUGUGAAGAAUGCUAUCAAGGCCAAGAAUAUUGACUUGUGGCAGAUAGACACUGCUGUUCUUGGAACUGAGAAGGAGAAACAACCCCCAGUGAAAAAGCCACGAGGUUGACAAGCCUGUAACACGUCACAACAAAACAUGUGGAAGCAGACUAUGAACACUCUUAUCAGAACACUUUAUGAUUACUGCAUCCAAACAUCUAAACUUCAGUAGAUCAAAUUUUGUUAGAACUAGAUUUUUCUUUUGUUUAGUCAAAAGGAAAGAAUGAACAUGAUCAUGACAAUAGAAUAUGUUGCAUAUUUUGUCUAAAGAGCAGAAUCUGUUCUGUCUCUUUUUCAAUAAUUGUUUGGUAACAAAUAACCUCUUUCUGUUAAAUGUGUGCGUGACUGCAGGAACAAGUUCCAGUGUAGUUGUACAGUGUUUGAAACGCCCCGAUAACGUGGGCUGGAGGGUAGCCUAGUGGUUAAAGCAUUUGCCCGCCAUGCCGAAGACCCAUGUUCAAUUCCCCACAUGGGUACAUUGUGUGAAGCCCAUUUCUGGUGUCCCCGGGAGCGUUAUUGUUGGAAACUUGCUAAAAGUGGUAUAAAACUAAACUCACUCACUGAUUUAUGUAAUUUUAGCAAUCCAAAGUAAUUCACCAAUAUACAAGGGGUAACUAAACUAUUGUAGGCUAAACAUACUUUGAAAGAUGUGGUCCUACGUUCUCGUACAUACCUUACAUCAAGCUACAAACAAACAAAUAGGGCACACUUGGUUUAUCUUCAUCUCAAAUUGAUGAAAGACAAUGAAAGGAGUUAGCGAGAUGUGAAAGUUCUCAACAUGAUGAUAAUAUGAUGAGAUUUUGUUGUGACUUGAAACCUUUUAAAGCCAAAUAAGGAACUUUAGGGAGUAUACUUCCAAGGGAGUCUAAAAAGACAUUCGAGAGUGUGACUCGAAGAGUGGGAUUAUUAAAAGUGGACCUAUGAAUUUGUACAUGGUGAAGGGAAUGUGAAUUGUUUUAUGUGAAUUUAGUAGUAGUUUGAUAAGUAAGUUUAUUUUGUAUUUGAGUAUAAUUCAGCAUCUCGAAAAUUAGUAUGAGAUGUCUUGGCACAUCCGUUAAGGUCAUGAUAAUGUAUAUGAUUAUUAUUACUUGAUUUCUAUUACUGUGAAUGUCUUGAUCUGUAGAAAUAAUGUAAGAAGAAUGUUGGUCACAAAUAUAUAUGUCGACUAAAAAUAUGUGACACAUUUUACAUAUAUUAUUUGUCAGAUGUUUUUUUAACAAGAUGCUCUUUUGUGUGUUCAGAGUUUUAACAUUUGCAGUGUAGAUACUCAUAUAUUCCAGAUAUACUUUGUUUACAUGCUUUUGUGAUUUUACAAUUACUGGGUGAUUAAAUAACUAUUUUCACAACA